AUGCUGUUGCGUAAUAUCGGUCCGGGAACAGAUCACAAUAUUCCUUCACGUGUCCAUUGUCGUCAUGUUGGCGUUCAGGACGAGUUCGGACCGUCAAACAAAAAUGGCUCGAACACAACUCUGAUUCGUCCAUCCCAAGCAAUUUUGUUCUGUCUUCCUUUCCUAUUUCUCGAGUUAUUUUCUCUCCAUUUUUUUUUUCUUUUCUGUUUUUUAUUUUCUUUUUUCUCCAUUAUUCCUCUCUUUUUAAUUUCUGUCGCCGUCAUUUUGGUGUAUAACAUUUUAUAUUUUGGCUUUUGCAUUCAUCACUCUCUAUUUAUCUCUUUGUUUCUCUCUUGUUAUGUCUUUUCUUUUCAUCUUUUACGUUCGCUCUCUUUUUUGUUUCUUCUUUAUCUGUUGGUUUCUCUCUUUGCUUCCUCCCUCCAUUCUUUCCUUCCUUCCUACCUCCCUCCCUUCCUUCUUGUCUUCCUUCCUUCCUACCUUCCUCCCUCCCUUCCUUCCUCAUUUCCUUCCUUCCUUCCUUCCUUCCUUCCUACCUUCCUCCCUCCUUUCCUUCCUUCCUUCCUUCCUUCCUUCCUUCCUUCCUUCCUUCCUUUCUUCCUUCUUUCCUUCCUUCCUUCCUUCCUUCCUUCCUUUUUCUACCUUCCUCCAUCCCUUCCUUCCUUCCUUCCUUCCUUCCUUCCUUCCUUCCUUCCUUCCUUCCUUCCUUUCAGUAUAAUUUGCUUCUUUCUUGUUUAUUUUAUUUUAUGCUCCAUUUCUUGCUUUUUUGUGAUUUCUCUUUCUUGCUUUUUUUAA